CCCCAUACACGUCAAACAAAUUUGCGCAAACUCUGUGUUUGUGCAAACAUUUUGAGCGUGUAUGGCGUGGUUUGAGUAGUUGCGCAACCGUUUGAAAAAAAUUGGUCGAGUUCGAAAUUUGUUGCGCAAACGCUUCACGAUUGACUAUCUGUUGUACGUGUAUGGCAGUGUUUGACAAGCAUAGGCUGUGAAAAACCUCCAGACGAUUGGAAAAACGUAUGAAAUAGAAUUCACUAAAUAUAAAAUUUAGUUUUAUAACUAUGUCGACUAAAAUUGAUGACAAUAAGACAUUUUGGCUUGAAUUUAUCGCCCUUUAUCAAACGUUUCCUGAAUUGUGGAAAGUUAAAAGCGAAGUCUAUAAAAAUAGAAUCAAGAAAGAUGCGGCGUACGAAAAACUGGUCGAGAAGAUGAAAGAAAUUGAUCCGAAAGCGAAUAGGGACUUAGUGCGUGCCAAAAUAAAUUCUCUUCGUACAUCAUACCGUAGAGAAUUGAAGAAAGUUAAGUCCAGUCAAAAAUCAGGUGCAGGGGCUGAUGAUAUUUAUGAACCGAGUUUGUGGUAUUACUAUGAAAUCGAUUUUUUAAGAGACCAAGAGACUCAAUUGCAAGGAACUUCCACAUUAGACAGUAAUGAUGAAAUUGUCGAUGUAGUCGAGGAAAACAACGAUGAAGCGGUUGUGGAAGAUAGCUUUUUAUUUCAAACAAUACCACAGAGUACACCGAAUAAAAAAUUUACACUCAAAAGAAAGGCACCCACAGACGAAGAAAGUAAAAGGUCUAAAUUAUUGGAUAUGGCUUGUCAACGUCUCCAAAAACCCACCUCCGAUUCACAAGUCCUGGCAAAGGCGUGGGGCAUAGAAUUUGACAAAAUGAAAGCAGACCAGCAAUUAUACGCAAAAAAAUUCAUUGACGACAUUAUUUAUGAAGGACGACUGGGCAAUCUCCACAGAAACUCUAUUACCAUUAAUCAUUCACCUGUACCAAUCACUACACAUUUAACAGGUCACAUUCAGCAUCCAUACUAUUAUAGCCCAUCUUCAUUGUCUUCACAUUAUUCUGGACCACCCUCUCCAUACGUACAAUCAUAUACACCUAGUCCACAACAACAACCACAUACAUUGCAAAAUUCAACAGUUCCAGCCACACCUCAACCAUCCACACUAGAUGGAUAUACAAUUAAUGAUCUUCUCAACGAUAACCAGUAUCAAUGA